AACGCAUUGAAUACCAUUUCUCUACAUGAUGUGCUUCACACUACUACAAAUCUACAAUAAUUAGCAAUUUAGCAUAUCCUUACAAGUUACACCACAUUAAGGAUCAACUUUCAGUGGACAAAAACAUAACAAAACUAAACUAAACAAAACAUGACCCAACAAAAACAAAAUACCAUUACCACCCCUCCUACUUCCAACUCCAUAGGCCUCUCCCUCAAAUCCAAAUUCCUAUUCACCGUCCGUUCAAUCAUCUUCAACCUCUCCUGCCACCCUGACGGCACCGUCAACCGCCGCCUCCUAAACCUCGCCGACAUCCACGCACCUCCAUCUUCCACCCCCAUUAACGGCGUAAUCUCCUCCGAUCACACCCUUGAUCCCUCCCGCAACCUCUGGUUUCGCCUUUUCCUUCCCGCCAACUUUCCCGCUACCACCUCUCUUCCCCUCAUCAUCUACUUCCAUGGCGGCGGCUUCGUUUCCUUCUCUCCGGCCACCGUGCCGUUCAACACCCUUUGCCGGAAAGUCGCCGGAGACCUCGCCGCCGCCGUGAUCUCCGUCAACUACCGCCUCUCGCCGGAGCACCGGUUUCCGGCGCCGUACGACGACGGUUUUGAUAUCUUGAAGUACCUCGAUGACGGUUGUUUGCUGGCGAAUGUUGAUCUUGGCAGGUGUUUCAUCGCCGGAGAUAGCGCCGGCGGGAAUGUGGCCCAUCAUUUAGCCGUUAAGGCGAGCGGGACCCAUUUUAAAGCGGUUAGGAUCCGUGGGUUGAUCGCGAUCCAACCGUUUUUUGGCGGGGAGGAGAGGAUGGAGUCGGAGCUCCGAUUGGGAAAUGGGCCUCUUUUGACUUUGGACAAGACUGAUUUUUACUGGAAGGCGUUUUUACCCAACGGAUCGAAUCGGGAUCAUCCCGGGUCAAAUGUGUUUGGGCCAGGAUCGGAGAGUGUUUCGGGUUUGGAUCUGUAUCCGCCGACACUUUUGGUGGUUGGCGGGUUGGAUUUGUUGCAAGAUUGGCAAAGGAGGUAUGGUGAUGGGUUAAGAAGAUCCGGGAAGGUGGUGGAGUUGGUUGAAUAUUCAAAUGUGGGUCAUGGGUUUUAUAGUACCCCGGAAUUGCCUGAAUAUGAUAUGUUAGUUGCCAAGGUUAAAGAGUUUGUGCAAAAUCAAUUGCAACUGGUCAGUUAAACUCUUAAAGGUAGUUGGCUUAGGAAUUUUGUUGAAAGGUGAUGUACCAGUUUAUGUAUCAAGUAAUUCCUAUUGAUAAUAAAAUUAUACAUACAUCAAUUGUUUUUA